AUGGAGACUCGGCUCGUGCUUGGGGCGCUGCUGUGCGCCUGGCUGCCGUCGGCCUUGUCUCCAUGGGGCGCCUGGGCGCAGCUCCCUGCCGACGGGGAUGUGCCGCUCCGCAGCCGAGGCAGCACCGGGGGACCUCGGACAGGAGAGGGCCUCUCCGCGGCGAUGCAGGAGUCUGAAAUGGCAAUUUAUAACACCUCAUCUACUACAAUGUCCCUGUCUCGGACCAGGAGACUUCACAGUAUGAAAUGCGGACCAUCCAAUUCAUUUACAUGUUUUAAUGGAGGUGAGUGUGUCUACAGAGAGCUGUGCAACUGCAGUCGAUUUAAUGCAACUGGACCGAGAUGCCAGACAGUAUAUAACACAGGUGCUGAAAGAGAUCAUAUAUGCAGAACAUGGGGCCAGUAUAAUUUUGAAACUUUUGAUGGACUCUAUUAUUAUUUUUCUGGGAAAUCUUCAUACGCACUUGUGAGACAUGCUCAAGUAGAUGAACAGAGCUUCUCCAUACAGGUGAAUAAUGAUCCUGAAUGCCGUUCUUCUCCUUAUUCCUGCAAAAGGUCCAUUAGUUUAUUCUUUUCUGGAGAUGAACAGAUAAAGAUGAGCAGUGAAGUCACCUAUAAAGGCUUUGGAGUACGAUUACCUCAUAUUAUUGGAAACUUACACAUCCAGAAACUAGCUGGAUACUUCCUAGUCAGGCACCAGUAUGCCUUUACUCUGGCAUGGGAUGGUACAUCUGCAGUGUACAUCAAAAUGGCACCAGAGUACUUGGGCAAAACACAUGGACUGUGUGGAAACAAUAAUGCUAUUCUGCAGGAUGACCUUGAAACUAGUUAUGGAAAACUGACAGAUGAUGUAACUGAGUUUGUAGAGAGUUGGCAGGAAAAUCCUCCACAAGGAACACCCAACUGGGAUAAAUCUCUUCUCAAUGAACCACCGUGCCUGACACAAACCCAUGAAUCUCUACAGAGGACAUAUGCUCUGUGUAAUAUCCUGUUACAUCCCCCAUUUAAACAAUGUCAUGAAUAUGUGAGUCCUCUUUCUUUUAUGGCAAGCUGCACAAAUGAUCUUUGCAUGUCAGCAGUUGAUAAUGCAACUUGGUGUCGAGCACUAACUGAAUAUGCCAGAGCAUGUGCCCAAGCAGGAAAGCCACUUCAUGGAUGGCGUGUGCACUUUGAGCAGUGUGUCAUUACCUGUGCUGAACCCUUGACCUACAAUGAAUGCAUCAACUGCUGUCCUGUUUCAUGUCAUCAGCAAUCACAGUGCAUUGACAGUGAGCUUUCCUGUGUUGAUGGAUGCUACUGUCCAGAUGGCUUAAUUUAUGAAAAUGAAUUGUGUGUCAAACCUAUGGACUGUCCUUGUGACUACCAUGGAAGUUCCUUUGAAAUGGGUUCGGUGGUUUAUGAGGAAUGUAAUAACUGCACCUGCAUUGGAGGAAAGUGGAUCUGUACAAAUCUUACGUGUCCAGCUGAAUGCUCGGUUUCAGGAGACACUCAUUUCAUGACCUUUGAUGGGCGCAAAUACACUUUCCAAGCUCCCUGCCAGUACAUUCUAGCCAAGAGCCGUACGUCUGGAGCAUUUACCGUAUCCUUGCAAAAUGCUCCUUGUGGACAGAACCAGGAUGGAUCAUGUAUCCAAUCAGUCAGCCUUAUUCUUAAGCAGGAUCCCAAGAGGCAAGUGACUCUGACUCAUUCAGGAGAUGUUUUGAUAUAUGACCAAUACAAAAUUAACCUACCUUAUGCAGAUGAAUUAUUUGAAAUACGGAAACUGUCCUCUGUAUUUCUGCAAGUAAAGACACACAUUGGAUUACAGAUCCUGUACGACAGAGGAGGACUGAGGCUUUACCUUCAAGUGGAUGAACGGUGGAAGGACGAUACCACGGGCCUUUGUGGGACCUUCAAUGGGAAUACAGAGGAUGAUUUUUUAUCUCCAGUUGGAGUAACUGAAAGCACUCCAGAGCUGUUUGGAAACACGUGGAAGACUUCAUCGGCGUGCAUUGUUGUGCAUGAUAGUUCACAAAUGGAUCCCUGUGAUAUUCAUCUGCAGGCAGCCUCUUAUGCAGCGGAAGCUUGUAGCAUCCUUACGAAAGAUCUUUUUGCUCCAUGCUACCCCUAUUUGAGUCCUGUUCCCUAUUUUGAGCAGUGCAGAAGAGACACUUGCAAAUGUGGACAGACUUGUUUUUGCUCUGCUCUGGCCCAUUACGCUCAUCAUUGCCAAAGGUUCGGAGUUGUAAUAGAUUUCAGAGGAGCUGUCCCAGAAUGUGCUCUUUCAUGUGAAGAUACAAAGGAGUACAGUACUUGUGUAUCUACCUGUGGCAGAACCUGCCAAGCACUGUCUGUGCCAGAGACAUGCAGCAGUGAUUGUGUUGAAGGCUGUGCUUGUCCCUCUGGAAUGUAUUUGAAUUCCAAGACUGAACGAUGUGUACAGAGAAAUGAAUGCCCAUGUUAUUUUCAAGGAAUUGACUAUCCCCCUGGAGAAAAUGUUAUGACAUCUUUAGGCAAAUGCCAUUGCAGUGAUGGAGUAAUGAAUUGUGAUAACAACAUAAUAGCACACAACUGCCCAGUUGGACAGAUUUAUAUUAACUGCACAAGUAAUCCACAAGUUGAUCCUGAACUCAGCAGAGAGAGAACUUGUGAAAAUCAGCUGCUAAAUCUCACUUUCUCAGCACACCUUCCUUGUGUGUCAGGUUGUGUCUGCCCACCAGGCAUUUGCCAGCACGGAUCAUUUCAGUGCACCUUCCAUCCUUGCCCAUCAAUGUGUACUGCAUAUGGGGACCGGCAUUACAGAACGUUUGAUGGACUAACUUUUGACUUUGUUGGAACCUGUAAGGUUUACCUAGUUAAGGGUACUUCUUCAACCAGUCUUUCUGUUAUUAUAGAGAAUAUUGACUGCUUUAGUACUGGAAUCAUUUGCAGAAAAAACAUUUUCAUUAAUGUUGGAAAAUCUUUUUUAGUAUUUGAUGAUGAGACAGGAAAUCCAAGCUUAUCUAGUUACAUAGACCACGUACAAAAAAUGCAGUUAUGGAAAGCUGGAUUUUUCACUGUUGUUCAUUUUCCUGAUGAACAUAUCACCAUUCUUUGGGAUCAGAGAACAACAGUUCAUGUCCAGAUGGGUCAUCAGUGGCAGGGUGAAUUGACUGGAUUAUGUGGAAAUUUUGAUUUGAAGACAGUAAACGAAUUGAGGACUCCAGAUAAUUUUGAAUUAACAAACUCACAAGAGUUUGGAAACAGCUGGACAGCUGUAGAGUGUGUCGACAGCUCUGACAUUCGAAAUCCAUGCAGUUUGAAUCCCCUUAGAGAGCCAUUUGCCAAGAAGGAAUGUGGAAUACUAUUAAGUGAAGCAUUUGAAGCUUGCCAUCCAGUGAUUGACGUCACCUGGUUUUAUUCCAACUGCUUGACAGAUACGUGUGGUUGUAACCAAGGAGGUGACUGUGAGUGUUUCUGUACAAGUGUAUCAGCAUAUGCCCAUCAGUGCUGCCAGCACGGAGUUGCAGUGGACUGGAGGUCCCCUAGAGUGUGUCCAUAUGAUUGUGAAUAUUUCAACAAAGCUCUGGGAAAGGGCCCAUACAAGCUGGUCAGCUAUUUGGAUGGAAAAUUUCUGAUGGCAGUGAAAUCGAUGGAUGGUGUUGUUUUCCCGGUGAGAGAAGACGAUACUCUUCCUGGACAUGUAGUGAGCUUUAUGAUGACUUCAGGACUUUAUAAACCCAAAGCACAUGAUUCCAACUUGAUUUCAUUUGAAACAGCUGAGAGACCAAACUAUUUUCUUCAGUUGGUCUCCAAUAAUACUCUUGUUCUUUCCAAAUGGAAAAAAACUGAAGAGUUUCACAACAGGUCUACAUUUAUCAUUCACAAGAAUACAUGGCUUUCAGGAUACAGUUCCUUUGAGUCAUUUGCAAAACCAGGAUAUUUCAUCCACAUUUCAGCCUCUUCAGUUGAGCUUUUGAAGUACCAUCAUUCAGAGGAAUUCAGACUGUCAACCCUUUUUAAACUUGUAGAUGUCAAAUUUAAAUUUCUGUCCCGUUCUACAUGUGAAUGGCAUUAUGAUGCCUGUACAAGCCCUUGUUUCAAGACAUGUAGAGACCCUUUUGGAAAAAACUGUCAGACAGUACCAAAAGUGGAAGGAUGUAUCCCUGCCUGCCCUCUCAAUAUGUUGCUGGAUGAAAUCACACAAAGAUGCGUGUAUUUUGAAGAUUGCAUUGAACCUGCAGAUGAUAUUCCACCUUUGCCUCCCAGCAUUCAAACACCAGCAGUUCCACACAUAACAUCAAGUGCAAGUUUGGCAGCGAUCGGUGGAGCGUUAACUUCGUUUCCUGUACCUGGAGCAAAGGACGUGGAAACAACACUUGCUACAAAAUUGCAGCUCACUGCAACUACAGGGAAAACUGAAUUUUCAGCUGUUACAUCUAGUACAACACUUCCAACAAUAACUUUAUCAUCAAACGUUUCAUCACAGUCAACAGAAAUGACAUCUGGGGGAAGCACUGCAGCAAUAUCUGGGACAACAAAAUCUAGUGUAAGCUUGUUUGCUUCUGUUGACACUUCUCCUGUGUUUCCAUCAGCUGUCAGUUCAGAAACUUCCACAAAGAUACAAGUGAUCAGUAGUGGUUCCACUAAACUAUUGAGGGCCACAGAACCUCAGACACUAACUGCUACACAUGCAGUGACUACAAGCACAGAAUCAGAAAGCAAACCAAUUGCUACUUCUGUUUUUACUGGGACACCACUCAUACUUAGAACAACAGAAAUGCCAGUCAAAACUAAAACAAUGGAAAUAUCAGAAAUAGCCAUAAGAACACAUCCCACAAAAGAAGCACAAGUAAAGCCAGAAGGAGUUAUAAGGUUUACACCCAGUUCAUUUGAAUCAAUAACAGAUAAAACUACUCCAUAUGUGCCACAGUUUUCCAGAUCACCACCUCUGGAUGUGCCUUCAUAUACAACACCAGUAAACUUAACAGGAACUUUGGAAGGGACAAAAAUCAGUGUAGAACAGUCUUUUAUCACAGUAGCUAAUGUUACAGUAACAUCAGUUUCUCCUAUGCUCACUACUUCAUCUUUAUUAAAACCAGUGUCUUCAGCAACAGCUGUUUUAACCAAGCAAACUGUGAAGACAACAUUUUCACCAACAUCCAUGCCAUCUAUUUCAUUAGGAAAGACAACUAUGGAACCUCCUUUUGUAAUGGUUCAACACCUGACUGGUACUCCAGAGGUACCUUUCACUACAACUCUAGGUCCGAAGAAGACAACUCUACAAACUCAAGAGAGAUCAUCAGAAACAACUUUAUCAUUUGCAACUCAUAUAAAGGAAAUUCCCAAAACAACAUCUCAUGUGGAGCAUACAUCAAGUUCCUAUUUCCCUCCAUAUUCGCUACACCCUAGUUCUACAACUGAAAAAUCUUUCACUCUUUCUACAAAAAGACCUUCAGUGUCUGUUCCUACUCCUGCUUCUCCAGCUUCAGGUGAAUUUAAAAAAACAUUUAAAACUGUUUUGACUACAGGUUACCCCUCAUACACAGUUCUAAAUACAACACAGUUCCUGACUACAUUAUACACGAAGUAUCCUGUUGUGGCUGAGACUAUCAGAGUGACACCUUUGUCUGUUAAGGAGACAUCCAGAAUAACAUCUCCUCCUGAAUUAGCAGCAAAGACAACUUCGUUUUCUGGAAAAGCAUCUACUGAAUACAAGUCAACUCUGGUUUCAAGUACAGCGAAGACAAGCACUUCAGCAUAUUCAGGUAGUGUUACCACAUCAGAAAUGAAAAUCAAAGAAACCACCACUCCUUUUGUAGCUACAGAAAGAGAAUCAUCUCAAAGAACAUCCAUCGCUGGAUCUCCACUUACUCUCCUUAGUGGGACUGAAACUACAUUGUUGACAACACAGCCUGAUAAAUCACAAGUGGAAAGUAUUACUACCAUCUCAACUAGAAAGCCAUCUGCCUUGACUUUCUCACCAUCAAGUUCUCUAAUCCCUUUAAACAUUUCUCUUCCUUCACUACCCUCAGAUGGAAAAGAAGUAUCACUGACAACUCUCAGUUCCAUGCAUACAUCCCAUGUUGUACUUCCAGUAACAAAGUCUUCUUACACCUUCUCUGCCUCUCAGUAUCUGGGAGAUAAAUUAGUUUCUUCACCCUCUUUAACACAACGGAUACCGGAAGUAACAACCACACCAAAAUAUUCAAUAGAAACUAAAACAGUUUCUACAGCACUGAAACCUACAGUCCAAAGUAUAACAGAUACAGUGAAACUUACAGCAGCUACAGCUCCGCCAUCCCUGCCUCCAUCUUCAGCAGGCCCCUUCUCUUGGCAGACAUCUUCAGGACAUAAACUUUCAGUACAGACCACAAAGACCAUGGUUAUACCACAUUUUUCUACUCAGAAGGUUAUGGAACUUGAUCAUCGGACUUCUGAACCUUCCCCGAUGAGCCAAAGCAUUACCCCAGCUUACCAGUAUCCUGCAGAAACACUAACAAAAUCCACCAGUCAGCCACAGCGUGUCUUUAGCACAACUGAAGCUACAGCAAAACUGCCUUCCUUAUACCCCUUAAUGACCUCGCUACCGGAAGGCAUUCAUUCAAGUAUAUUGCCUUCCUCAGUAGGUCCUACAAAAGUUAUUUUACCAACUGAAAAAUAUUUGCGUUUAACUGAUUCGGUCACGCAGCCACAGGUUUUAAGAACUUCUGUUUUGCAGUCUACAGUCCCAACUAGAACAACAGCUGACUUUAUUUUUGGCACCAAAAUUCCCUCUUUCUCACCAAAAGUGCUUGCGUCUUCCUCCUCUUUAACAACAAUUAAAAAGGAGCCACUUCCUUCAUUUUCCACACAAAAGGCAGCUACAGAUCUAAAAUUCACACACCAGGCCUUGUUUUCUGAAUCACUUGAUUCAAGACAAACACUUGAAACAACCUCAUCUUCACCAGGUCCUAAGUCAGCCUCUUCAGUGGUUUUGUUACCAGAAACAACAGAAAUUCCCAUUGUGAUGGGGGGUGGGCCAUCCACAUCGACAAGCAAAAGCGAUACAGAGAAAACUGUGGUGUUGCCUAAGCAGGUCACGCCUUCAGCCACCACCUUCAGUUCCACCUUUGUAGCAAGUACAGCUGCAGCUUCAGCCUCUUCAGUGAUAAGCAGUGCUGGGCAAAAUCUUAGUAUUGCAUCAGCAACUUUAGGCAAAGCAGAAGCGGUCACAGAACCCAUCACAAGUGCUGUGAAGCCCACUUCUGUUACUUCAGAAGCAAAAGGAGCUGUGCCCCUUGACACAGUAAAAUCUGAAGAGCCACAACUACCAACACAAGUCCAACCUGUUCUUACUCAGGGUGUUACUGUUACCCCAGAAACACCUCAGACAUUUUACUCUCCAUAUUUCACGAACAAAACUUCAGUUCUCUCCACUAUACAUUCAUCUUCUGAAUCAAAACCAUUUUCUUCUACAGCUGCAUCAUCAGUCAGUACUAGUCAAAGUUCAAAACCUGAAAUAUCAUCUGAGAUGCAAACACCUUCUGUGAGUUCACUGCUAAUGAUACCUGGUCAUCCAAAUGACACAACAACUCCAUCAGUUUCCUCGUUUACCUAUUUAUCUACCAAACCACUUCAUGACUUGACUACAACACUUUCUGAUGGACUGGCAACAGCUGAAGCCGUGUCAGGAGUCACAGCAUCACCUUUUAUGGUGCCUCAAGAAACAGCAACUCUUCAAACUUGUACACCAAUCACAGAGAAUGAGUGCAUAAAACACAUUUGCUUGGAUGGACAACUGAUCCAAGUUAAUAAGUCCCAGAACUGCCCAUACAAUGCAACUCAACCCAGCUGUGGAGUUUUAGGAUUUGCUACUCAAAUGAAUGGUGACAAAUGCUGCCCAAAGUGGGAAUGUGCAUGUCGUUGCACCAUUUUCUCUGAUCUGAGCAUUGUAACCUAUGAUGGAAAUCAUUUGGCUUUAUUCAAAGAAGCAUCCUACAUUGUUAGUCAAACUCAAGAUGAAACUAUAACCAUCCAUGUCCUUGACUGUAGAAUGAGUAAUUCAAAUUCAACUUCUUUGUGCCUGGCAACAUUGAAUCUAACCUAUGUAUCAAACCAAAUUAUUAUCAAUCGUUUAAGUAGAAAAGUAACAGUAAAUUCAAGAUCUGCUUGGCCUACUGUUAGAAAAUAUGGAUACAAAGUUGAAGAUUCAGGCUUCAAGUAUGCGGUUGAGACCCCAUCAAAAAUCAGAAUUCAGUGGUUUCACAACACAGGUGUGAUGAUUAUUGAGUUUAAUAGUAGCAGAGAACCAAGCACUUUGGGACUGUGUGGGUUUUGUGAUAGAACCUUGGAAAAUGACUUGAUGCUACCCAACAGGACAGUUUUAAGCAAAAGCAGUUCACCAUCGACUUUUAUAGACAGCUGGCAAGUGCCAGACACAUUAAAGUAUGCUGGAGAAGACAGGCAUCAGGAAACUAAUUGCUCACUCACAGACUGCUCAGAGUGCUUAAGAAUGGUGUUGAACCAGACCUUCAGCAGCUGUCAUCCUUAUGUUCCACCUGAGCUGUUCUGUGAUAUAUGGGUUCAGGACACUGAGUACAUUCGAAAUCCAUGCAUUUCCCUAGCUGCCUAUGUGGCAAUGUGCAACAAAUUUAAUAUUUGUAUAGAAUGGAGGAGCUCUGAUUACUGCCCCUUCCCCUGCUCUGAAAACUUCUCCUAUCAGCCUUGUAUAGCUGCCUGUGAGGUUCCAGAUAGUUGUCAGAAUAAUGAGGUUGCUUCUCUGGAUUCACACUCCUGCUCAGUGUUGACAGAAGGCUGUGUCUGUGCUGGAGGGACCAUCCUUCACCGAACUCAUACUGCUGUCUGUAUUCCUGAAGAAAAAUGUGCUUGUACAGACAGCUCAGGAACACCUCACGCAGUGGGUGAGAUCUGGAACACUUCUUUGAGCGGGUGCUGUAUGCAAAAAUGUGUUGACAGUGAGACUGUUAUUCCAGUGGAGUACAACUGUUCAGAUACCCACGAUUUAGACUGUCAGCGGUUUGCAGAAGUGACCUUGCAUGUUCCUGGUGAUCAGACAUGUUGUCCUCAGAAGAUCUGUAUUUGUAAUCAGAGUCUCUGUGAACACUUGAUCCCUGAGUGUAAUGCCUUGGAAAAGUUGGUCACUUACUACAGGGAAGAAUCCUGUUGUCCCAGCUAUGUUUGUGAAUGUGAUCCAGAAAAAUGUGAACCAAUGGAGGAGAUACCAAGCUGCCAGGAUGAUCAGACACUAAUUGCUGCUCGGGUGGAGCAUACCUGCUGCAUUUCCUAUAUAUGUGCAUGCCCGGCUUGCUCCGAUCAAAUACCCAAAUGUCAAGAAGGAGAAGUUCUUAUUGUGGAUGGCAACACUACUGACAGGUGUUGCCCUAUGUACCAAUGUAUUUGUGAAAUACAUCGUUGUCCUGAAUUCAGAUGUAUGCUGGGCAUGUCUUUGGUGGAGGUGUGGAGCCCAGAGAAGUGCUGCCCCUUUCGGACAUGUGAAUGUGCAUGUGAAACAAUCCCCAAACCUCAGUGCAAACUGGGGCAGAAACUUCAGAUAGAUGAACAGUUUCAGAACAGUACAGAAAAUAUCUGUAACUGUGUGAAGUACAAAUGUGUGAGAGACAAAGUUUGCCUGAGUAAUGAGAGAGGUGUGCUGCUUCCUGGACAGAGAAUCGUGGAACACAGUGCAGAUGGCAUUUGCCGUAUUUCUUAUUGUACAAAUGUGAUUGAUCCCUCCACUAAAUACUACCAAAUAAACACAUCUUCGAUAGACUGUGCUGUCAAGUGCAAAGCUAACCAAGUCUAUCAACCUCCAAAAGAUUUAACAACUUGCUGUGGUAGCUGCAAGAACUUGUCUUGUCUCCACACUUUCAGCAAUGGCACAGUUUCCAAUUUUAAGCCUGGUGCUGUUUGGAUUUCAAACUGCAUCAGAUAUGAAUGCACCAACACAGCAAUAGGACCAGUUCUGGUUUCCUCUGCAGUUGGCUGCCCACCCUUUAAUGAAUCUGAAUGUGUGAAGGUUGGAGGCUACGUUGUGCCAUUCUUAGAAGGAUGCUGCAAAACAUGUAAGGAAGAUGGAAAAUUCUGUAAGAAGGUGACUGUUAGGAUGACUAUCCGCAAGAACGACUGCAGGAGUAACACACCAGUGAACAUUGUUUCAUGCGACGGGAAGUGCCCUUCUGCAAGCAUUUACAACUACAACAUCAACACGUAUGCAAGGUUCUGCAAAUGCUGCAGGGAGCUCGGGCUGCAGAGACGGACUGUGCAAUUGUACUGCACCAGUAACUCAACCUGGGUCAGCUAUUCAAUCCAAGAGCCCACAGAUUGUUCUUGCCAAUGGUCUUAAAAAAAAAAAAAAAACAAACCUCAUAAAAGGAAAGAAAACAGCAAGCCCAG